AUGCUCAUUCACGAUAAAAGUUUGGGUAUUGUGAAUGAUACUGCUGUAUCAACCGUAACUGACUUCUGGACCACGCCAGCAAGUAAUGAAUCCAUAUCAAACGCUGAUACUACUUCUGUUACUUCUUUCAGCAAUACAUCUGUAUAUACAGAAAACAGUGUUUCGGCACCCUCAACAUGCAGCACUAAGCAAAUCAAGCUAGCAGCGACUGAUAAAGAAAGAAUAAAAAGAGUUUAUGAAGAACUUGAUCAAGCUAGUAUGUGGAAGCUAUCCACGGGUACUGUUGUCGAAAAGAAAAUGGAAGAGUUCGCUCUAUCAUGUUCUUACGAGCAUCCUGCUCAUUCUCUAAUUCUAGAUACCACUGAUAAAUCUUGGACUGGUUAUUUCACGAAAGAAGAAAUGAAAGAAAUAACGACGCAAAACGCAAAGACGCUUCCUGAAUUGCCAACCAAGUCGAGUAGUUAUAUUGAUGAUUUAGAAGGUUACAGAGCAUUGAUACGCUGA